GAACUAUAUAUAGAGAGAGAGAGAGAGGAGUGAGGACGGUGAGAACUGUUAUCGACGUCGUCAUUAGAAACAAGAAGAAGGUAGAGAUAGAGAUAGAAAAGAAACGAAAUACUGGAAUUGGCGGUUUAUUUUCACAUUCCAGAUUAUGGAUGAUAAAAAGCAAUCAAAGGAAGUUGCAUUGGAUGAUCUAACAGGUGAUUCGAGACAAGAACAACCCAUCGUAGAUGAAAAUGUGGGGCAAGUUGUUUCGGCCGAAGUGAACAUGGAAGCUUCCAUUUCAUCAGACGAUGUGACGAGGGCAGGAGGAUUUGGAGCUAGAGAUGACAUUAGCAGCUUUCUUCCGGUUGCAAGUGACUCAACAGAUUUCGAAGCUUCUCUUCGUGAUGCUCGAGAAUAUGAAGAUCCUCAAGAGGAGAUUAAGAGACCCGGCCUUGGAUGGACUGAAUCUAAAAAGUAAAAAUAAAAGAAAAAGAAAAAGAGACCAUUUUGCAUUUCAAAAUUACAAAAUGUGACUUUUUUUUAAUAUCAGGGUUUAUUCCUGGGAAGAUAGUAAUCACUAAUCAGCGUUCUUAGUGACUUUUUUUUUGUCCUCUUUUGUUGUGCAGGACUCUUUUUUAUAUAAUGUAUUUUAAAUGUUCCUUUUUUUAGACCUUGAAGAUAGCAUUCUUUGUUAUGAUUGAAUAGAGAUGUUUGGA